CAAUAUCCAAAAAAAACCCAGCCAUUUCACUACUACCCCAACCUCCCUAUCAUACCCACAUUACAAUUCAUACACUUGGAGGAAGGAAAAAAAAAAUAGAGAGACCUAAAAAUGGCUUCUACAGCAUGUUUCUUGCACCACCAUGCACUCUCCAACCCAACUAGAACUCAAUCACAGCGUUAUGUGCCAACCACCACCAUCACCACCAAGCCCAACAGAGUAGUCUGCAAGGCACAGAAACAGGCUGUCCAAGAAGAGGAUGGCGGCGCUGCCGAUGCCGUGUCGAGGCGGUUGGCACUCACUGUGCUUGUUGGAGCUGCAGCCAUUGGCUCCAAGGUUUCUCCUGCUGAUGCCGCCUAUGGCGAAGCUGCCAAUAUAUUUGGGAAGCCAAAGACAAAUACAGAUUUCUUGCCAUACAUUGGAAAUGGAUUCACGGUUCAAAUUCCAGCAAAAUGGAACCCAAGCAAAGAGGUGGAGUUUCCUGGUCAAGUUCUUAGGUACGAGGACAACUUCGAUCCCAACAGCAAUGUCUGUGUCAUGGUCACCCCUACCGACAAGAAAUCUAUCACCGACUUCGGCUCUCCUGAAGAUUUCCUCUCCAAGGUGGACUAUUUGCUAGGGAAACAAGCCUACUCCGGCAAAACCGAAGCCGAGGGUGGUUUCGAACCGAAUGAUGUAGCAACUGCUAAUAUAUUGGAGACUUCAACUCCGGUGGUUGGAGGCAAACCCUAUUACAUCAUAAGUGUGCUGACAAGGACUGCCGACGGAGAUGAAGGCGGCAAACACCAACUGAUUACCGCCACCGUCUCCGGCAGUAAGCUUUACAUCUGCAAAGCCCAAGCUGGUGACAAGAGAUGGUUCAAAGGAGCUAAGAAGUUUGUUGAGAGUGCUGCAACUUCUUUCAGUGUUGCUUAAUUUAUAUUUCUCUUUCUAUAUAUAUAUAUAUACAUUGAUCAAAUGUGGAUUUGUAUUUUGUAAUUUGGUUGAGUUGUAUGGAACCUUGUUCCCCCCAAAUUUUAGAUCUGUUCAAGUGAAUGUGGAUAUUUCUUUGCAUAUCAAGACCCUCCA